AACUACUUUUCAUUGUUAAUGGACACAUAUGUCAACACUGUUCCUUAAAAACAUUGUGUAUGAAUUGUGUGUAUAAGUGUGUGUUCAUAAAUGCUGCCCUCAGAUGGUGCUGUGUGAUUUGUUGUAUACAUCAUGAAACCUGUUCAUUUUUAACAUGUGUAUUUUACAACACGUUGAAUUUUUAUUUUAUUUGCCAGUAGCACGUAACAUUGGAACACAUUUCUAGCAUGUCAAUUCAUUUCAUUGGGGGAAUUUGGGUUCUUUUUCAAAUCGUUUGAAUUCAGUCAUGGAACAAAUCAAUCUCGUUAGUCAAGUGUUUGUCUUUGCAGGUGCAGAUGUCAGUGAAAAAUAUCUUGGUCGUUGGGAGCAGGAGACAGAUUUCCUUCAAAUUAAAAAGGAGGAGGAGGAUGAACUGCCUUACAUGACAGAGGAGGAAAAGCCCAUUCACAUUAAAAAAGUGGAGGAUGAGGAGGAGGAUAUUGACAAGUCAUUAUUGACCUUCGUCUUUUUAAAGAAUGAAGAUAAAGACAAUGGUGAGAGUGAGGAGAACAGAGGGGCGGAGCCUUCAAGCAGCAGUUCAAGUCAAUGCAUGGCAACAGAAGGUGAUGCAGACCACUGGGGACCAUCACAGGAUGGCCUAUUAGCUCCACUCUCGGAUAGUGACGACAUAACGUCACACUCUCGUGAUGAUGAUGAUGAUGAUGAUGGCAAUGAUGAACAGCCUGAAGUUGAAAUGACAUUUCACACUGACAACACAUGCAGGAAAUGCUCUCGGUGUGACAAAGUGUUUAGCUCAAAGCAGGGUUUGAAGUAUCACAUGAGAACACAUACUGGAGAGAAACCUUUUGACUGCUCGGUGUGUGGUAAAAAAUUCACUGAAAAAGGCACUUUGAUAAAGCACACAAGAACGCACACCGGGGAAAAACCUUUUACCUGCUCUAUUUGUGGUAAAAGAUUUUCGGAGAAUGGACAUUUGACAAGACACAUAAGAACACACACUGGGGAAAAACCUUUUGCCUGCAAAGUGUGUGGCAAACGCUACUCUGAAAAGUCCAAUUUAACUCAGCACACAAGAACGCAUACUGGAGAGAAACCUUUUAUGUGCUCAGUUUGCGGCAAAGGCUUCUCUGUGAACUCGCAUUUAACAAGACACACCAGAAAACACACGGGAGAAAAACCUUUUGUCUGCUCAGUUUGCGGCAAAAGAUUCUCUGUCAAUACAAGCUUGACAGAUCACGCGAGAACACACACUGGAGAGAAACCUUUUACCUGCUCAGUUUGCGGCAGAAGCUUCUCUGUCCGCACAAAUUUAGCAAAGCACAAAAGAGCACGCUGCGGGAAGGAUGGUUUUGGCUGCCUCGUUUGUGGUAAAAGCUUUGCUGCAAAGUCAAGUUUAACAAACCACACAAGAACACACAGCGAAGAGAAACAAUUCAGUUGCACCGUGUGCGCUAAGAGAUUUUCUAGUCAUGCGUUUGUGAAGAGACACAAGUGUGCGGAUGAAAAUAGCAGUUACCAUUAAAGAACAAUUUGAAGAAACUGA